CGCGGGCGGGCGCGAGGCGCGGUCGGGGCGGGGUCGGGGGUCUGGGCGCGCGGGGCUGGGGUCGGGGGCCGAGGUCGGGUCUGAGGUCCGGGGUCCGGGCCCGGGCGCGCGGACACCACGUCCUCACGGCGCCCCGCGGGCUCCCGCAGACGCGCCCUCGACAUGCAGAACGACGCCGGCGAGUUCGUGGACCUGUACGUGCCGCGGAAAUGCUCCGCCAGCAACCGCAUCAUCGGCGCCAAGGACCACGCGUCCAUCCAGAUGAACGUGGCCGAGGUUGACAAGGUGACAGGCAGGUUCAACGGUCAGUUUAAGACCUACGCCAUCUGCGGGGCCAUCCGCAGGAUGGGCGAGUCAGAUGACUCCAUUCUCCGACUGGCCAAGGCCGACGGCAUCGUCUCAAAGAACUUCUGACUGGAGAGGAUCACGCAUGUGGAAUACUUGUCAUAAAUAAACAGUGAAAACCCA